AUGAAGGUUCUCGCCAUUCUUUAUCACGGCUUCGAGGCAGCUCAGCAGGAGCCGCGCCUCCUCGGCACUGUCGAGAAUAAGCUCGGCCUCGUCGAGUACCUGCAGCAGAAUGGUCACGAGUUCAUCGUCUCUGACAGCAAAGAAGGCCCUGACAGCGACUUCCAGAAGCACAUUGUCGAUGCGGAGGUCCUCAUCACAACGCCCUUCCAUCCUGGUUAUCUUACCGCCGAUCUUAUCGAAAAGGCUCAGAAUCUGAAGCUCUGCAUCACCGCUGGUGUUGGUAGCGACCACAUUGACCUCAACGCGGCCGUCAAGAAGGGCAUCCAGGUGCUCGAGGUGUCCGGCUCAAACGUCGUAUCCGUUGCCGAGCAUGUCAUCAUGUCCAUCUUGCUCCUGGUCCGCAACUUUGUACCCGCACACGAGAUGAUCGAGCGCGGUGACUGGGCUGUUUCCGACGUCGCUCGUGCUGCAUUUGAUCUCGAGGGCAAAGUCGUCGGUACGAUUGGCGCCGGCCGUAUUGGCUACCGUGUGCUUCAGCGCCUCUUGCCGUUCAACUGCAAGGAGCUCCUCUACUAUGACUACGCAGCCCUCCCGGAAGAGGCUGCCGCGACCGUUGGCGCGCGCCGUGUCGAGAACCUCGAGGAGUUUGUCUCCCAGUGCGACGUUGUCACAGUGAACUGCCCUCUUCACGAAGGUACCCGCGGCUUGGUCAACGAGAGCCUGCUCAAGCACUUCAAGAAGGGUGCUUGGCUCGUGAACACAGCACGUGGUGCCAUCUGCGACAAGGAUGCUGUCGCUGCGGCACUCAAGAGCGGUCACCUCUCUGGCUACGCCGGUGAUGUGUGGAACGUCCAGCCCGCACCGAAGGACCAUCCCUGGCGCACGAUGCACAACCCCCUCGGCGGCGGUAACGGCAUGGUCCCCCACUACUCCGGGACGACGAUCGACGCUCAGGCCCGCUACGCUGCCGGCACGAAGUCCAUCCUGCAGAACUACUUGGAUGGCAAGCCUCAAGACCCCGCCAACAUUAUCGUCGGCAAGUCUGGCUACGAGACGAAGGCUUACGGCCAACGUUGA